UCAGAAAGUAGUCGCAAUAAAAAUCAUUGAUCUGGAAGAGGCUGAAGACGAGAUAGAGGACAUUCAACAGGAAAUCACAGUGCUGAGUCAGUGUGACAGUCCGUACGUCACCAAAUAUUAUGGCUCCUACCUGAAGGGACCUUUGGGCCAGCUUGCGGUAAGAACUUGCCUUUAGAAGAUCCUUUGGUUCCCAUCAGUGUCUCCCUCUCCUCAAAGGGAUGGCAGCCCGAUGGACAGUGGGCACAUGACCCCAACAUGGACAGACUUCCACGGAGGACACUAAAUUGUGGAUAAUAAUGGAAUAUCUUGGUGGAGGCUCCGCACUGGAUCUAUUAGAACCUGGCCCCUUAGAUGAAACCCAGAUUGCUACCAUAUUACGAGAAAUACUGAAAGGACUUGACUAUUUGCAUUCAGAGAAGAAAAUUCAUAGAGAUAUUAAAGCUGCCAACGUGCUGCUCUCUGAACACGGAGAAGUGAAGCUGGCUGAUUUUGGGGUGGCGGGCCAGCUGACUGAUACCCAGAUAAAGAGAAACACCUUCGUGGGCACCCCGUUCUGGAUGGCACCCGAAGUUAUCAAACAGUCGGCCUACGACUCCAAGGCAGACGUCUGGUCCCUGGGCAUAACGGCCAUCGAGCUUGCGAAGGGGGAGCCGCCUCAUUCCGAGCUGCAUCCCAUGAAGGUUUUAUUCCUCAUUCCAAAGAACAACCCCCCGACGCUGGAAGGAAACUACAGCAGACCCCUCAAGGAGUUCGUGGAGGCCUGUCUGAACAAGGAGCCGAGCUUCAGACCCACUGCCAAGGAGUUACUGAAGCACAAGUUCAUAAUCCGCAACGCAAAGAAGACGUCCUACCUGACUGAGCUCAUCGACAGGUACAAGCGGUGGAAGGCCGAGCAGAGCCACGAGGACUCCAGCUCCGAGGACUCCGACACGGAAACGGACACAGACAGCCAAGCAUCCGGAGGCAGCGACUCUGGGGACUGGAUCUUCACCAUCCGGGAGAAAGAUCCAAAGAGUCUUGAGAACGGAGCUCUUCAGCCAUCGGAUUUAGAAAGAAAUAAGAUGAAAGACAUCCCAAAGAGGCCUUUCUCUCAGUGUUUAUCUACGAUUAUUUCUCCUCUAUUUGCAGAGCUGAAGGAGAAGAGCCAGGCGUGCGGAGGCCACCUGGGGUCCAUAGAAGAGCUGCGCGGGGCCAUCUACUUGGCAGAGGAGGCCAGCCCUGGCAUCUCUGACACCAUGGUGGCCCAGCUGGUGCAGCGGCUGCAGAGAUACUCUCUCACUGGUGGAGGAACUUCGUCCCACUGAAAUUCCUUUGGCGUUUGGGGUUUUGUUUUUCCUUGUUUUCCUCUUCAUCCUCCUUCUUAAAAGUCAAUGAGAGCCUUUGCUGACUCCGCUGAAGAGGCACGCCCUCGGGGGGCCGUGCGCCCGGCGAGGUCGCCCGGCCCGGCCACGUGGCCCCUCGCUGGCCUCGGCCUGACGACGUCUCCGGGUGGGGCGGGGAGGGGCAGCUCCUUCCAGCGAUUAUUUUAUUUUUCUUGUUUUUAAUUUUAACCGUAGUGCACAUAUCAAGGAAAGUGUCUUUAAAAACAAAAAGUAAGCCCUGAAAUGUAUAUUUGGGAUUAUGAUAAGGCAACUGAAGAAAUGAAACCUCAGGUAUCCUGCUUUAAGUUGAUGACUCCCCCUCCCCGGGAGACGGAGAACCGCUCUGGUGGGUCAGUGUACAGAUUGUAUAUAGUGUCAUUUUUACGGAACCCCUUUUGGCGUGCAUAGGAAUCACUGUGUACAAAUUGGCCAAGUGCUUCUGUAGAUAAUGUCAGUGGAGUAAAUAUUCGACAGGCCAUAACUUGAGUCUAUUGCCUUGCCUUUAUUACAUGUAAAUUUUGAAUUAUGUGACCAGUGAUUUGGAUUUUAUUUUGUAUUUGCAGGGUUUGCCAUUAAUAAUAAUUAAUGCCCCUCUCGUGGAACACUCCUAUAUUUGUACCUCAGCCGAUGCAAAUUUUCCUCUUGUUUGCCCUUUUGGUACACUUAGAAGUUGAUUUCUUUUUUCAUCGAUGGUACUAUUUCUUAGUGUUUUAAAUUGGAACAUACCUUGCCUCAUGAAGCUUUAAAUUAUUAUUUUUAAAUUUCUCCCCGACGAAGCGUUCUCUCUCUCGUCUGACAUUUGUUUGGAAUCGUGCCACUGCCAGUCCUGCGCCAGCUGUGCGUCCUUUCAGUAUGAUUUUCUGUUGCACCUUGUAGUGAAAUCUGCAUAUCAUCUUUCCCACCUAAAAAUGUCUGAAUGCUUACACAAAUAAAUUUUGUAACACACUUA